AUGGGGGACUGGAACUUACUGGGUGGUGUCCUAGAGGAAGUUCACUCACAUUCAACCAUCGUGGGGAAAAUCUGGCUGACCACCCUCUUCAUCUUCCGAAUGCUGGUACUUGGUGUGGCUGCUGAAGAUGUAUGGGAUGAUGAACAGUCAGCAUUUGCCUGCAACACUCAGCAGCCAGGCUGCAGUAAUAUAUGUUAUGACUAUGCUUUCCCAAUCUCUUUGAUCAGAUUCUGGGUCUUACAGAUCAUUUUUGUGUCUUCUCCUUCUCUGGUGUAUAUGGGCCAUGCACUUUAUAGACUGAGGGACUUUGAGAAAGAGAGACGGAGGAAGAAGUCAUACCUGAGGGUCCAAAUAGAGAACCCAGGGCUUGGCUUGGAGGAACAGCAAAGGCUGGAUCGGGAACUUAGAAGGCUAGAGGAGCAGAAGAGGAUUGAUAAAGUUCCUCUGAAAGGAUGUCUGCUGCGUACUUACGUCUUACACAUCUUGACCAGGUCUGUGCUGGAAGUAGGCUUCAUGGUAGGCCAGUAUAUUCUCUAUGGCUUUCAAAUGCACCCCCUUUAUAAGUGCACCCAGCCUCCUUGCCCCAAUGCGGUGGACUGCUUUGUGUCCAGACCCACAGAGAAGACCAUUUUCAUGCUCUUUAUGCACAGCAUUGCAGCAAUCUCCUUGUUACUCAAUAUACUGGAGAUAUUUCAUCUGGGCAUUAGAAAAAUCAUGAGGGCACUUUAUGAGAAAUCCAGCAGUGGGGGCAUUGAGAAUGAAAGAAGCCCUCCAUUUCACUUGAAGAAAUAUUCAGGGGCCCAACCGUGUACAAUAUGCUCUUCCUUACCUGAAAGAAUCUCUCUGCUUCAAGCCAACAAUCAACAGCAAGUCAUCCAAGUUGAAGUGCCAAAGUCUAAAACAUUGUGGCAAAUUCCACAGCCCAGGCAACUUGAGGUAGAUUCCUCCUGUAGCAAAAGACACUGGGCUGAGAAGGAUCAGCACAGUGGACAGCUCCAUGUCCACAGUGCAUGUCCCCAGGACGGUAGCACCAGAAUUCAGCACCCAGGACAGCAACCAUGCCAUUCUUCCUUUGGCCUACAGAGUACUAUGUCCCAGUCCUGGCUAGGUACAGGAAUGGCCUCUAGACACUGUCCAUCCUAUGCUUUAGGGACCUGGAAGAAAUCCCAAGACUUGGAACCUUCAAGCGAACCUCUCACAUAUCUGCAAAGUCACUGCAAAGACAGUGAUGGCAGCAUGGGAGAGAGUGGGGUCUGGAUAGACAGAUCUCACCCAGGCAGUCGCAAGGCCAGCUUUCUGUCCAGAUUGCUGUCUGAAAAGGGACAGCUGCACAGUGACUCUGGAAGCUCCAUUUCUCUAAAUAGCUCCUGCUCGGAUUUUCCACACCAGGAAAACAGCACCUCACCUCUGCCUUCAGCCACUGGACAUAGAACAUCGAUGUUCAAGACAGCCAUAUUGAUCACAGAACUAUCACAAGAGCUGAUUCACUCUUGCCACUUCUUUCCCUUUCCUCUUUCUCAGUGUGUAUGUAUUAAGGGAGAGGUAGAUGGAGGAAAAGAUUAA